CCUAUCCUGGAUCCUCCGUCCGUCUCUCUCUCUCUUUCCCUUCGGAUGUAAAAACCAAUGCAAAGUCCUCGUGUGGCGGAGAUACCGGGAUGUGUACGGAUGUGUGUGUGAGAAAGACGAGACUGCACUUUCCCCCAAAACACUUCACAGCAGCCUCCUCCAUUCAGUAAGCUGAGAGGUGGAUGAAACUUUUCUUGAAUGAGUAUCCCGCCUCUGGCUGGCACAUCUGGACGCACGGCACACGGAGCUGUCAAGUCCAGCGCCAACUUUAAGCCGGACCAGACCUGAGUCCCCUCCUCUUUUACUUUGUCCUCUUCUAAACUCUGAAGCGGAAUAUUGGACUUUAAGCUAUUGCUUUUUUGUAUUUUUUAAACUUUUUUUGGUUUGUUUUUAAUAAUUGAGAGGCACAGAAUGGAACAGCCAGUCCUCAGAAUAACGUGCGUCCUGGUGGUUAUCUGUCUCCUGGAUAAAAGGGUAGACUCCAAUGAAAUCCUGGGCCUGAAGCUCCCCAACAUUGACCCAAUCCUGAAUGCCAACACGGUGUGUCUGACACUCCCGGGGUUGACGCGGCGCCAGUUGGACGUGUGCAUGCGCAACCCAGACGUGACAGCUUCAGCGAUCCAGGGAAUCCAGAUCGCCAUCCACGAGUGCCAGCACCAGUUCAGAGGGCACCGCUGGAACUGCUCCAGUCUGGAAACUCGGAACAAAAUACCCUACGACAGCAUAGUCUUUAAAAGAGGUUUUAGAGAAAGCGCCUUUGCGUACGCCAUCGCAGCAGCAGGCGUGGUGCACGCUGUGGCCAACGCCUGCUCCAUGGGUAAGCUGAAGGCAUGCGGCUGCGAUGAGAAGCGCCGCGGGGACGAGGAGGCCUUUCGCAUCAAACUACACCGCUUGCAGCUGGAGGCCAUCCACCGUGGGAAGGGUAUGGUACACGGCGUCAUGGAACACUUCCCCGCCGACCUGCCGGGACCCCAGGACUCCUGGGAGUGGGGCGGCUGCAGCCCUGAUGUGGAAUUCGGGGAGAAGUUCUCGCGUGACUUUCUGGAUGCUCGUGAGACCAACAAAGACAUCCAUGCCCGAAUGAGGCUGCACAAUAAUAGAGUUGGGAGACAGGUGGUGCUUGACCACAUGAGAAGGAAAUGCAAGUGCCACGGCACGUCGGGCAGCUGCCAGCUAAAGACCUGCUGGCAAGUCACCCCGGAGUUCCGUGUGGUGGGCUCAAUCCUCAAAGAGCGCUUCCACAUCGCCACACUUAUCAAAGCGCACAACCGGAACACAGGGCAGCUCGACCACUCCCACCACAACAACCACCACAACCACCAUAACCAUCACAGCCACCACAACCACCACCACCAUCAUCAGAACAACCACCAUCACCACCACACACAUCGGCGGCGGCCGAGCAUCAACGAGCUGGUCUACUUUGAGAAGUCGCCGGACUUCUGUGAGCGGGACCUGGGGUCGGACUCGGCCGGCACACAGGGCCGGAUCUGCAACAAGACCAGUCCCGGCAUGGACAACUGCGAGAGUCUGUGCUGCGGCAGAGGACACAAUAUCCUGCAGCAGACGCGGAGCGAACGCUGCAACUGCAAGUUUCACUGGUGUUGCUACGUGGUCUGCGAAGAGUGCAGGAUAACAGAGUGGGUCAGUGUCUGUAAAUGAAGAAAUACAAGUCAAAAAGACUACACAAAGAAAACAAAGAAAAAGAGACAUUUUAAAACCGAGACUUUUCAUUUGAAAGGGGAAUAUGACUGUAAUAUUUGUACCCUGUUUUUUUGCGGUGGACUGCUGUUUUCCAGAAGAGCAAAGACAGUGCAUGUGAAGCAGUUGAGCCAGCAGAAAGAAAGAUGUGCACGUUGGUGUGCACACGCAGGGUAUGUGUAAAGCUGCCACAUCUCAGAGAGCUUGGACGUUCACUGCCUUCCUCAUGAGACAAAGGAACACAAUUCUAUCAGAUGAAUAUCUGAAAACUCCCGACAUGAGAUCUGAGCUCUGAAAAAAUCAAACUCUUGAUGUUGACUGACAUUCAGCUGCAGGAGAUUCAGGUGGGCAAAGAGGAAGUCGAGCGUAAGCAGUAGAUUGCAUGCAGAAAGAAAAUAAUAUUGCUUCAUAGCACCAGAGAUAUUUAAGGUGAGCGGCUGAUGUCUUCAGCCCAUGAAAGUUCAAAUACGGGGGAGGGCAUCUAAAAGGUUUUCAACUACAUCACAACUCAAACAGUAGUCCCUCCAUUGUCUAUAUAAUAACUUAGAGCAUAAACAUACAGCAUUUGUUGUCUCCAUAUACAACAUACAGGGACAAACAUAGACCUGAACACACAAGGUAUCACCAUGCACAGGAUUUGACAUAGCACAACACACUUGGAGCACUUAAGGAUUUAGUGCCUUGUUCAAAGGCAGUAACAGUUUCGGUGUUUUAUAGCAGAUACCAUGUUAUAUAGAUGACAUCAGGGUUUUUUGUCUGGCUCAGGUAUAUCAGUCAUAAAUUUAACCCUGCUAAAUAUAAUGGCAUUACACAAUAAAUACAGCUUGGUGGAAAAGGCAGAAAUUAGAGAUUCAAGUCCCAGGGCAAACUGGAGUAUUAAGUGUGAAUGUUGAUUCAGCAUCCAUAAAAUUUGAAGUUUGCAAUAAAAGAGCAAAACUUUAAUAAUGAUUGAUGACCACAGUGGAAAGGAGGACAUUGCAGCAAUGAUGAAAAAUUGAUCUGGAACUCACCUCCUGGGACUCCUCAUAUGAGACCCUGACAUCUGAAAGAAUUUCCUUUCCUAUAUGGAAGAUGUUUUGAUAACAUUCACUUUCAGUAGACGAAAACAAGCACUAUAUUCCUAUACACUAUGAGAAUCCAUCUAAAUAUCAACCUAUUGUGACCCAAUCUCAUACAUUUGUUUUCAGACCUACCUUAAACACAGACACAUUGUCCUGCAUUAACAUUUAUCCAAAAUGCACCAUGUGUAGUGUGUGUCUGUGUGUGGUGUGUAAUGUAAGAGGCCUGUCAGAGUACACCGAGUGCACAGCUGACAAUUCAUUUAACAAAUACAGCUUUCAUCUUGAGCACGAUCUGAACAGCAUUGUAAAUAAAACAUAUUGAUGCUGCACAAAUAUGGUCAAUACAUUUGUAGUGCCUCAGGAAACUGAGUGCACGUGCUUCAGUUCCUCGCACUGUUAACAUCCAAAGUGUUGUGAUGCAAUGUGCUGUGUGUGACACUGAAAGCUCCCUGUAUUAUAUCUACACUCACCUCCUUCACAUUUCUUCAACGUGCACGACGGAGAUGUCAACUUCAAGGUAUAUAAAUAAGAAUAAGUUGAUACGGAUGUCUGCCUGUGCACAUGUUGAAGAUCAUAUUUGAUCUCAAGUAACUUGUAUGAGUGAGGUCUCCUUAUCAGUGUAAUUUAUUUCAAGCAGAUGUGUUUUAAGUGUUAUAAGCAGAGGGAUGAUGCUUCCAGUGCAACAGAGUAUUUUGAUUCUGAUAAGUAGUUUGCACAUACAGAACUGUCCAGGAAAACUCUGGGAAAAUAUCUAUUAUAUGCAUUUUUUUUCAUGUCAUAAAUGUAAUGUAUGUUUUUAUUUUUAUGUUUUA